AUGGGCCCGCCCCACGCCGCGCAGGACCCCGCGCCGUCGCCGUCUGGCGGCAGCGGCUUCGGCUCCUCCAGGCGCCUCCUCCGCCAGCUCGACCGCCGCAACGCGUCCAAGAACAUCGGCUACAACGCCCCCAACUACUGCUACUUCCGCAUCGACGGCAGCGGCGACGGGGGCGGGGACCUCCGCUUCCUGUGCGAAAGCCUCGGCCUCUCCGGGCCCGACGACUUUGCCAUCCCGCUGGCUGACUGGGAGGCGCACAAGGCCAUUCGCUCGUCCACCUCCGCUUCGAGCUCCCCCUCCUCCGCACGCCCCAACCAUGACUCCCCUCAGCGGGACUCACUGCUCUGUCAGGUGGGUGCCGAGGAGCCCGCCCAGGCUGCGGACGCCGACACAGAGCUACCGGCCGCAACGGGAAGGGACGGCCCAAUCGAAGCUCCGGAGCGGUCGGCGCGCCUGGAUCCGCCGCCCGAGUCCACCUUUCCGGAUGCGAGGAGGGCAGCUGGGGAGGGAGGAAUCAAGGGCGUGCGCCCGCCGCCGGUGCUCAAGCCGCCGCCUUCGAUGGCGCUGCCAGCUGUCUGCGGCGUCGGAUCCACGUGGGAUAUCUUGCGGUCGUUCGGGCCGGAUGAGAAAGAGGAUGCCCCCGCGAGCAGAUCUGGCCGUCGUUUUGGACACUGGGAUGCAGUGGAGAAGGAUGACGACGAGGAUGGGGCGGUAUUGUUAAUGUUGGACGAUCUUGGGCUGGAGGAGUCGUCCGAGGGCUUCACUGGGAUCCGUUUGGCCGGAGGUUUUGAGGAGAUGGAUGACGAGGACUACUCGUGGGUGCGGUGCACCAGGUUCUUGCAGUCCAUCGUCAGGUCCAGCUCCGGCAGGGAGCAGUAUGGUGCGUUCAUCGAGCAGUUCAGUAGUGGCGCCGAGCUGAGGCAGAAUGGGUUGGGCACAGGGUACAAGCACCCUCGCCAGAAGGGGGUCGUCGGCCUGAACUUGGACAUUCCUUAG